GUGUCCAGCACUUUGCAAGUUUCUCCCUGUGAUGUGAAUAGGCUCGAAAACGGGAGGGUUGGAGACGCUUUGCUUCAUAAUUAAUGUUUUCCCAUGGAGGAGGAGCCCGCGUCCUCCGAGAAGGGGAGACUAACCGUAAGGUGGGAGAAAAUCUUUUUUUUUUUUUUUCCUGAUUUUCCCCCCUUUUUUUCAGUGGGAUAACAUCAGGAGGGUUUGUCUAGGCGAGCCAAUUAAGUCCCACCCCUGCUAUAGAUCGCUGCUAUAAUACAAAGCAGUAAAAGCGCUCGGCUCACACGAGCGGCUGCAGUUUAAACCAGAGAUCCCGUGGCUUAUAAUUCUCUCACUACUUUUCUUUUUUUUAUAUCCUCUUUCGAUGUGCCCCGUUAUUACCAUCAGUCUGAGGCGCUCAUUUCCGCACCUGCCGCGGUAAGAGACCAAGAGACGCAGGCGGAAAAAAAAAAAAAAGGGAGAAGAGAGGAGACAAGGACAUCUGCAGCUGAGAUAAGACAGCAGCCGCAGCGGUGACUCUUUUUUUCUUUUUUUUUUUUAGAUCUUUUUUUUUCUUCAUUAUUUUAUAUUUAACAUGCAUCAGCGCUGGACCAGAAUCGCUUCUGUCGCUCUCAUCUGCUUGUCCUUGGUGUCCUCCGCGAUGGGAUGCGGACCGGGCAGGGGCUACGGCAGGAGGAGACACCCCAAGAAGCUGACACCUCUGGCGUACAAGCAGUUCAUCCCCAAUGUGGCGGAGAAGACCCUGGGGGCGAGCGGUAGAUACGAGGGCAAGAUCACACGGAACUCCGAGCGCUUUAAAGAGCUCACUCCCAAUUAUAACACAGACAUCAUCUUCAAGGAUGAGGAGAACACAGGAGCCGACAGGAUGAUGACUCAGAGAUGCAAGGACAAGCUGAAUUCGCUGGCCAUCUCUGUGAUGAACCAAUGGCCCGGGGUGAAACUCCGGGUCACAGAGGGCUGGGACGAGGACGGGCACCACUUUGACGAGUCCCUGCACUAUGAGGGCAGGGCCGUGGACAUCACCACCUCAGACAGAGACAAGAGCAAAUAUGGCACCUUGUCCAGGCUCGCCGUGGAAGCCGGAUUCGACUGGGUCUACUAUGAGUCAAAGGCCCACAUCCACUGCUCUGUGAAAGCAGAAAAUUCAGUGGCAGCAAAGUCAGGUGGCUGCUUCCCGGGAUCCUCCACAGUCACCCUGCAGGACGGCACCAAGAAGCCGGUCAGAGACCUCCAACCCGGGGACAGAGUCCUGGCUGCGGACGGCGUCGGAAACCCGAUCUUCACCGACUUCAUCAUGUUCAUAGACCGAGACUCCACCACCAGGAGGACCUUCUACGUGAUCGAGACCGAGACGGGCCAGAAGAUCACCCUCACCGCCGCGCACCUCAUCUUUGUCGCCCGCGAGAACUCCACGCGGUCGGCAACGUUCGCCAGCGACGUGCGACCCGGACAGAAGGUGUUCGUCUACGACGGGGAGCGGAGGCGAGUCGUGGCCGUGAACGUGAAACGGAUUUACACGCAAGAGCACGAGGGCUCCUUCGCGCCCGUGACGGCACAGGGGACCGUGGUGGUGGAUCAGGUUCUGGCAUCCUGUUACGCAGUGAUCGAGGACCACCAGCUUGCGCACUGGGCCCUGGCGCCCGUUAGGAUCGCCCACUGGGUGUCCUCCUCGCUGUUCAUCUCCCGGCCUCGGGUCAGCGCGCACAACGAGGGGGUCCACUGGUACUCCAAACUUCUUUACCAGCUGGGGACGUGGCUCUUGGACGACCACUCGAUCCAUCCACUGGGAAUGUCAGCAUACCCAAGCUGAAAAUCCCCCCUCCCCCCCCCACAGGAACAAAAUCAGACUCAAGUAGGACCCUCGAACUAUCCAGUAGAAUGACAUAUUAAAUAAUAAUAAUAAUCUUAAAAUAAAAAAAAGAAAAGAAAAACGAACAAAAAGGCCCCAGCGGAGUUGGGAUAUUUAUUUCAGUGACUUUUCCAUGAUGCGUCCCCUUUCAAUGAAUGAAUGGAGCCUUAAAAAAAAUCCUCUUUGAAUAAUUUAUUCUCAUGUGAACUCUGCUGCUGCUGUCACAGAAAUGGAUUGUGAAACGAUGCGAGCAGCAAAUUGUGCAUAAUCUAUUUUUGUAUAUCUCAACUACAAAAAGCAAAAAGAUUUGAAAACGGAGAAAAACAACAAAAAAAUAUAUAAAAAUGAAUAAAAAAAAAUAACUGGACAGAGAAGAAGAUCACUAUACAUGUGCAACUGACUGUUAUAUUUUGGGGGUAUAGAACAAACUUUGCGGGGUUCCAUAAAUUAUAUUUUUAUACACAGAAAUGUAAAUUAGAUUUGCUGCCGAAUCACAUUUCGUUAUUUGAAAUAGUGUAAGAUAUGAGAAUAUAUUUUAAUUUAAAAAAAAAUACAGUAGCUUGGAAAGUAUUGGAAUUCUUGUACUGCUAUUUGCUAUUUUAUUUUAUUAUUUUUGGUGUCAUGUCUGCAUUUUAUGCUUUUCUGUGUGUGUGUGUGUAUGUUUCUAUUUUCUUUGUUUUCUUCAGAGGAAAUGAACGUGUCAAAAAUUGCUGAUUUUGACAGUUCAGUAACCAUUAAAGUAGUACUGAAGCAACUUCGUUAAAUAAAUUAAUAAGUAACUCCUGUAAAUGUACUAAAAUGUUUUGUUUUUUUUCUUUUCAUAUUUUGUAAUAGGGACAUAGUUUUCUAUGUAUAGAAAAUGACCUGCGGCAGAUGCACAUGUCUGGAUAGUCUCUACCAUACCAGUUAACUUUCAUAACAGGGCGAUGUGUCAAGAAAUGUCUAGAGUUUAUUAUUUAUAUGUUUAUUACAAAAAUGAGAUAAAGAAAAUCUUGAAAAUUGCA